UCGGAGCUGCUGAAAGGUCUGGUCGCAGAGGCAGGAACGCGUAAUCCUCAGCGUGCUCCAUCCCGGCAGCAUCCUUCCAGGCUCGGCAGGGCAGCGAGCCUCCGGGCACCAGCCCCUGCUCCGCGGAAAAGCCUGAUGAAGUCCUCCGAUAUCGACCAGGAUUUAUUUACAGACAGUUACUGCAAGGUGUGCAGUGCACAGCUGAUAUCUGAAUCUCAGCGCGUGGCCCAUUACGAGAGUCGAAAACAUGCAAGCAAAGUCCGACUGUACUACAUGCUUCACCCCAGGGACGGUGGGUGUCCUGCCAAGAGGCUCCGGUCAGAAAAUGGAAGUGGUGCUGAUAUGGUUGAUAAGAACAAAUGCUGCACACUCUGCAACAUGUCUUUUACCUCGGCGGUGGUGGCCGACUCCCAUUAUCAAGGCAAAAUCCAUGCCAAAAGGUUAAAACUGUUGCUAGGAGAGAAAACUCCGCUAAAGGCCACAGCAACCCCCCUGAGCUCACUUAAGCCUCCGAGGGUGGACACUGCUCCGGUGGUCACAUCUCCCUAUCAAAGAAGAGAUUCAGACAGGUACUGUGGGCUCUGUGCAGCCUGGUUUAAUAAUCCCCUGAUGGCCCAGCAACAUUAUGAUGGGAAGAAACACAAAAAGAAUGCGGCAAGAGUUGCUUUAUUAGAACAACUUGGGACAACUCUGGAUAUGGGGGAACUACGAGGUCUGAGGCGCAAUUACAGAUGUACCAUCUGCAGUGUCUCUCUAAACUCAAUAGAACAGUAUCACGCCCACCUGAAAGGAUCUAAACAUCAGACCAACCUGAAGAAUAAGUAGUGAAAGCAUCAAUCAAGAUGAGAAAAAAAAUAUCAGGAUUUCUCUGCCAUGGAGAAUUACUUAUCAACCACCAGAGGAGAAAUCUUUCUUGAACAAUGAACAUUUUUACGAGGAUUCACAGAUUAACAUGUGACCAAUCUUAGUUUUGGAAAGUAAAUGAGCUUUAUUUAUUUCUUCUUCUUGUUUUUUUUUUUAAUUUUGUGGUAAGUUGUGAUGUUUGGAUGGAUUUUUAAAUUCUCUUCUGAUAAUAUAUUUAGCACAUGUUCUAAAUUAUACUCCUAUACCAAACAGUGAAAGCAUCAUUUAAACUUAAAGACAAUGGAAAAAUCUAAAUCUCCAGUUUAUUCUAGAUUUCUUUAACAUAUAAAAUUAUUCUAUUAAAUCCUGGAUGAUUGUUAUGUAAAGCACCUCUAUCAAGAAAGAAACACUAUUUUUUCAUCAUGUGGAACAUGACUGUGGCAACAUGCCCUAAAUGGGAAAGAAUCACU